AUGAAAAAGGAUGUCGCGGAAGCCCUAUCCCCCCUGGUGGACUUCGCGAAGGAAAUCCUAAAGGACUACGAAGAGGACUGGGAGCGGUUCCCCAUAUACCUCAAGGCCACCGCGGGCGUGAGGCAGCUGCCGUACGGCGACCGCGAGGCGCUUUUGUCGGCCGUGCGAGACUUCCUGGGCAACCCCGAGACUUGCCCGUUCUACUUCCAGUUCGAUCACGCCAGGGUCAUAUCUGGGGAGGAGGAGGGCAUCUACGGCUGGGCGGCCGUUAACUUUCUGCGCGGCGAGCUCCUUGCCCUCAGCGAGGGGGUGGGGACGGCGAUGUCGUCGGGAAACACGACCGUGGGCACGCUGGACCUCGGGGGAGCGUCUACCCAGAUCUCCUUCUUCAAGUCCGACCAGGACAUCCUCGCCAACCUUUUCAAGCUGCAGAUCGGCGCCGAGAAGCACUGGAACGUGUACACGCACUCCUUCCUCCAGUUCGGCCUCAACUCCGCACGGGCCCGCAUGCACAUGAAGGUCGUGCACGCGGCGGCGGCGGCGGCGGCGGCUGCAGAUGCACAUGCAAAUGAAGGGCGAGUUUUGUUAGAGAAUCAAAUGUGCUUGAAUUUUGUUAUCCUGCAACACGUGACCCCCAACCCUCCCUUGCCCCGCUCGGCCGGCACCGAUAUCCCCAAUGCACGUCCCUUUCUACUUACGUCUUGGCCUGUUAACGGCAGCGGCGACGCACCGGUGGAGGUGGUUGACGCAUGCCUCCCGAAGGGCUUUAACGAGAGCUUCGCCUCCCCGGAGGACGGAAAGGAGUACCUCAUCGUACCCGCGGACGGGGGCGCCGACUUCGACGCGUGCAACCGGCAGACUGCGGAGCUCCUCGAGGUUUCCUCUUCAUCCGGCAGCUUCUGCCAGUCCGCCUUCCCAGGGCAGUGCUCCCUCCUGGGCGUUUACCAGCCGGAGCUCCCCCAGGGUGGCGAGCACGGGCGGUUCUACGGUUUCUCGGGGUACUACAAGCUGUGGCAGUUCCUCGACCUAGACGAGUCGACGACCGUCGCAGAGAUCGUUAGCGAGGGUAAGCGCGUGUGCGCCAUGUCCCACGAGGAGCUGUCCGCGUACAACUCCGUUCGCAAGGGCCACGAGCACAACGUCCCCUACCUGGCCAAGUACUGCUUCAUGUCCUCCUACGUGACCACGCUGCUGAGGGACGGCUACGGCUUCCCGGCCGAGGAGCGCAUUCACUUCGUAGACGAAGUGGGCGGCUACAAGUUUCCUGCUGGCCUCGACAGUGCCGUCCGGGAGGCGAAAUGA